AUGUGCCGGCUGCCUGCACCAUUGGCUCCGUUUCGCAAGGGUCCAGACACCAUUCGAGAUCAGGGAUCCAUUUUGUUGGACAAAGAUGGGAAGAGAAAACACACAAGACCCACAUUCUCUGGCCAACAGAUCUUCGCCCUGGAGAAGACCUUCGAACAAACGAAGUACUUGGCAGGGCCAGAGAGAGCUCGCUUGGCCUAUUCUUUGGGGAUGACGGAGAGUCAGGUCAAGGUCUGGUUCCAGAACCGCCGGACCAAGUGGAGGAAGAAGCACGCGGCUGAGAUGGCCACCGCCAAGAAGAAGCAGGACUCGGAGACCGAGCGGCUCAAGGGGACUUCGGAGAACGAGGAGGACGACGACGAUUACAACAAGCCCCUGGACCCGAACUCUGACGACGAGAAAAUCACGCAGCUGCUGAAAAAGCACAAGUCGAGCAGCGACCUCGCUGGGCCCCCAGGACAGCCCCAGGUUCUCCGCCUUGCCCCAGGACUUGAAGCCUGA